GAAAACUCCAUUUCAGGUUUCUUAUUAAAAUUUUCAUUAAAUCACACUUAUCUUACAAUUGUUUCUUUUUCACUUUCUUGUGUUCUCUCUCUUUAUGUGUCAAUAUUAGCUUCCAAUACAUUAUUCUAAGAACAAAGGUGAUCAAUACCCUUUGUUCAAGUUUCAAAACCAAACAUGGCAACAAAAGAGUCAAACUCUUCUACUGCUUCUGCUUCAGCAUCAGGAGACACUAAAAUCAAAAGGGUUCUUACUCAUGGUGGUAAAUAUGCACAUUACAAUGUGUAUGGAAACUUGUUUGAGGUAUCUUCUAAGUAUGUUCCUCCCAUUCGCCCGAUCGGUAGAGGCGCUUAUGGUAUCGUUUGUGCUGCUGUUAAUUCUGAUACACAUGAACAAGUUGCCAUCAAGAAGAUUGGUAAUGCAUUUGACAAUAUAAUUGAUGCUAAAAGGACUUUGAGAGAAAUUAAGCUCCUUCGUCACAUGGAUCAUCAAAAUAUCAUUGCCAUCAAGGAUAUCAUUCGACCCCCGAAAAAGGAAGCAUUUAAUGAUGUAUACAUUGUUUAUGAAUUGAUGGACACUGAUCUCCAUCAUAUAAUUCAUUCUGACCAACCUCUUCGCGAAGAACAUUGUCAGUACUUCUUAUAUCAGCUGUUACGCGGGCUGAAAUAUGUGCACUCGGCUAAUGUUUUGCACCGCGAUCUUAAACCGAGUAAUUUACUAAUGAAUGCAAACUGUGACCUUAAAAUUGGUGACUUCGGUUUGGCAAGGACAACAUCUGAGACAGAUUUCAUGACUGAGUAUGUUGUCACAAGAUGGUACCGUGCCCCGGAAUUGCUUCUCAAUUGUUCUGAGUACACCUCUGCAAUUGAUGUUUGGUCUGUUGGUUGCAUAUUUGGUGAAAUUAUGACCAGAGAACCUUUGUUUCCUGGCAAAGACUAUGUUCAUCAACUAAGGCUUAUCACAGAGUUAAUAGGUUCACCUGAUGAUGCCAGCCUUGGUUUUCUCCGAAGCGACAAUGCUAGAAGAUAUUUUAGACAGUUUCAACAAUACCGGAAGCAAAAAUUCUCGUCCCGAUUCCCAAACAUGUUGCCUGAGGCACUUGAUCUCUUAGAAAAGAUGCUUAUCUUUGAUCCAAACAAACGCGUUACAGUUGAUGAGGCACUUUGUCACCCAUAUCUUUCAUCACUUCACAACAUCAAUGAGGAGCCAGUUUGUCCAAGGCCUUUCACUUUUGAUUUUGAUCAGCCAACGUGCACUGAAGAGGCUAUCAAGGAGCUCAUAUGGAAGGAAUCUGUGAAGUUCAAUCCGGAUCCACCCUGUCAGUAAUCACUUUCUUAUUUGUAUAAAUGUAACAAGACGAAUGUCUAUUGCCCGUCUCCAUCGUUCCGAUGAUGAUUUGCUAAGGACAGAAGUUCUUUUCCGUUGUAAUCUAAUCCUAAACCACCUGUGAUAAUGGAAAGAAACUUCUCUUGAAAAAUCGGAUGUUACACGCAUUUAAACGAGUAAUAAAAAAGCUGUUGUAUUGUUCUGAAGUUUGCUUUAAGAGGAAUAGGGUGUCAUGGACAAAACAAAAAUGAUGACAACAUUGUGAGUCAUGGACAUGUUGAAACUUCUUUCAUAAUAGCUGAUAAUUAUCUUUAAA